AUGUCGGAAUAUUUAUCUAAGGCAGCAGCCUUUGCUCAGAAUGCUGCAAAGCUGUCGAAAAAGGUAUCUGAAGGUAUAGUUGAAAAUGCACGCGAAUUUGGGUUGGAAGCGACUUCCUCUGGACAUUAUUUUGAUACUUCAGAGGAAAAAAUGCGCGAUAUUAAGCGACAAUUAGACUCGAGACAUGAUCGCGAAAAAAUGGAUGGAUUAAAGAGAUUAAUUGCGAUGAUAUCAAAAGGUCGCGAUGUAUCCGAGUUCUUUCCAGAUGUUGUAAAGAAUGUAGCUUCUCAGAAUCUUGAAAUUAGAAAACUUGUUUAUAUAUAUUUGCUUCGAUAUGCUGAACAAGAACCUGAUCUUGCAUUACUAUCAAUUAAUACAUUUCAAAGAGAUUUAACAGACCAAAAUCAGUUGAUAAGAGCAAUGGCUUUACGAGUAAUGUCUGGCAUUCGGGUUCCUGUUAUUAGUCCAAUUGUAUUGUUAGCGAUCAAAAAAUGCAUGACUGAUUUAUCUCCGUAUGUAAGAAAGACUGCCGCGCACGCUAUUCCAAAAUGUUAUAGUCUUGAUCCAUCGCAAAAAGAUGCAUUGGUCGAUAUCAUUACUUCUCUUCUUAAUGAUACUUCGCCGUUUACAAUUGGUAGUGUAAUAACAGCUUUUAACGAAGUGUGUCCUGAUCGUUUAGAUUUAAUACAUCCACACUACCGAAAAUUUUGUCGAAUGUUAAUUGAUGCGGAUGAAUGGGGUCAGAUUGUCAUUAUGGGCUUAUUGCUACGAUACGCAAGGACUCAAUUUUUAAAUCCAAACCCAGAUGAAAACCAUCGAGUUACUGAAAAGAAAAAAUCAAAAGAGUUUUAUUCUGAUGAAGAUUCUGACGAGUCGGAUAAUUCGCUUGAUAAGUCCUAUGCUCUUGAUCCAGAUCAUGAACAAUUACUAAGGGAUUCCUUACCACUCUUGCAAAGCAGAAAUAGUGCGGUAGUAUUAUCAGUUGCAAAAAUUUUCUACCAUUUAGCGCCAACAGCAGAUGCCUACAAAUUAAGCAAACCGCUAAUUAGGCUGUUACAUAGCCAUCGAGAAAUUCAAUAUGUAGUACUAGCUAACAUCGCUACAAUGGCAACGCAACGGCCUUAUCUUUUUGAACCCCACUUACAACAAUUUUUCGUCCGAUCAACAGACCCUGUUUUCAUUCGUAAUUUAAAAAUGGAAAUUAUGACAUUAGUUGCGACCGAAAUUAAUAUAACUGGAAUACUUAGAGAAUUGCAGUAUGUAAAAAGUCCUAAUAAAGAUUUUGCGACAUCUGCAAUUCGAGCUAUUGGUCGAUGUGCAAUAGGAAUGCCAGAAAUGGCUGAAAGUUGUCUUAACGGAUUAAUGAAAUUAUUAUGGAGCAAGAAUGAUGCAGUUGUUGCAGAAUCUGUUGUAGUAAUAAAAAGACUUUUGCAACUACGCCCUCAGGAUAAUGCAGAUAUGAUAAUACAACUUGCCAAAGCUCUAGAUCAUAUAACGGUGCCAAUGGCCAGAGCAAGUAUAUUUUGGCUCGUUGGUCAAUAUGCACAAAAUUUAGAGAAAGUCGCACCGGAUAUAUUAAGGAAAGCUGCAAAGACUUUUACAACAGAAGCAGAUGUCGUUAAAUUGCAAAUUAUCAACCUUGGCGCCAAGCUUUUAUCACUUCAUUCCACGGACCACACUUUGAAUCUUUUAUUCCAAUAUGUUCUUGAUCUGGCAAGAUAUGAUCUUAAUUAUGAUAUCAGAGAUCGUGCAAGACUUCUCAGAGGCUUGGUUUUAAUAAGCGAGAACAAAGAAAUCAAUAUUGACAAUAUGGGAGUGGAAGGAGUGCUAUCGGAAGAGUUUAAUAAGAGCUCUAUUUUAAAGAACAACUUGAAACAAAUACUUUUAUGUGAAAAAGAGGCGCCUUCGGAAGAAAGUCCAUCUGUAGGAAGGGACAGGUUCACCUUAGGAUCCAUGUCGCUUGUAUUAAAUUACUCUGUGGCUGGAUAUAAGUCUUUACCUGACUGGCCAACUGAAAAGCCAGAUGGAUCUGUCAGAGAAAAUUUGGAUGAUACGUGGAAUAGAAGCCAAUAUAUUAAAGGAUUCGGAAGUGAUUCAUUUGGACGGUAUAUUCCGUCGUCGACUUAUGAUAAACCCAUUGUCAAACAGCAUAACGAUUCAUAUGAUUCUGAACAUUUCUAUGAUUCUUACGAAUCAUCUGAUGAUAAUAGAAAUCAUGACGAAAAGACUGAGCAUGAUGACGAUCACCGCAUUCCCUUGUCAGGGUCAAGUAUCUUUGUUGGACCAGAGAAUCCUUCAAAGGGCAACUAA